AGCAGAUGACGAAAAACAAGCAGAAGGACAACCCAAAGUUUGGUUUCCUGUUCGGUGGAGAGCACUUCAACUACUAUCAAUACAAAGUGACUACAGAGCAAGCCAGUAAGUGGGAUACAGCCCCUUAACAGCUACAACAAUUGAGAAGCAUAAUGGCCAUGCUUUAUUCAACGAACAACGAAUGACUUUGAAAAAGAGAUACGGGUGAAAGGGUCUGAAUUCGUCAUAGCGAACAAAACUAUUAUUCAUCGAAUAUGAGCACUUCGUUUCAAGAUUUUGGGAUUGCUAUUUAUUAAGCAGAAUGCUUUAGCUAAAGAUGUAUUCUAUUUCUUGGCAAUGGUGAAUUUUAAGAAGAUGUAGUUUUAAGAUUCUUACUGGAGCUUAUCUAAUACGGACUACGUUGUUGAUAUAUUGCUUCAAUCUAUGUGGGAAAUACAGUCCAUUGUACCCUGUAAUACCCUAGUACUGUAAAAAAAAAGUAAAAAAAUACAUGUAUAUAUAUUAUAUAAAACAGGGAAAGAGUAUAGUGCUCCCAAAAGACUUACUGAAUUUUUGAUAUAAUUCUCUCAUAAAUGCCAGGAAUUUUAUUAUGCACUGGUAGAAGAUAAGACUCAACAGAAAUUGGACUAUUUGUAUACUUUUUCAAUAUCCAUUGAAGGAAUAAAACAUCUUACAAUAAUCCACCGUCAUUCGUUUACAGUUUUAAAGCAAAAAGGAAUAAAUCCAAUGCAAAAUGCAGACCCACGUUUAAACGUUUCGCAGCAGCAGCAAACAGCCGCUACCGUCGCGCAGCCACUGAAUAACGUCAAUCUUGCACCUGGCCUAAAUACUCAAAACAAUGGAUUAAAUCCAGUAGUGGGGAUUGGACCAGUUGGAAAUCAAGGUGGUCCCGUUAUACCUGGAGUACCAGGACAGAUUGGAGGGCCAGGAAAUGCAGGACCAAUUGGACCAGUGCCUGGUGCUAUGGGAGGUGUAAAUCCACCUAUUGCUGGUGUUACUCAACCGGUUAACAUCAGUGGGCCCCCUGGAUGGCUUCAAAAUGAAUUGGCAAAUCUUCAAUCACAGCAGACCACGCUACAGGAACAAGUUAGACAAUCAGAACAAAAUCUGGCUGCGCAACAUGCUGCAUUGAUGGCACAACAACAAGGGAGAGUUGAGGAUGCUGUGAGACAAGCGCAAGAGACAGCUUUACAAAAUAGUGCGCAAAGCACAAAUACGGAUUUGACUGCAUUUGAUGCAGUUCUACAGCCCAUCAUUGAUAGCUGCACAAAAGAUAGCAUCAGUGCGGGGAAAGCCUGGAUACUUCAGAACUCUGUUACUCCACAAAGUAAUCAAGUUGUUGCAGACCAUUUACUAAAGAAAGUAAUUCAGGCAACAAAUUUUAGUCAUAAACUCCAUAUCAUCUAUUUGGUCAACGAUGUCUUGCAUCACUGUGCAAGAAAAAAAUCUAUGGAUCUUCGCAAGGCAAUGGAAAGUGUUGUUGUUCCCAUGUUCUGUAACACUUCAUUAGCGGCGUCAGAAGAACAACUUAAUAAAUUAAAUAAACUAUUAAGCUUAUGGGAAUCAAAAAAUAAUUACUUUGAUGAAGGAAUUAUAGAUAAGUUGAAACAACCAAGUACAUCUUGGUCUGAGUAUCAGGCUAACCUGGUUGCACAACAUGCUGGUGCAAUUACGCCAAUUACCACGUCGACAAAGCAGACCUUUGAUAAUUAUCAAGCACAACAUCAAGCGUUUGUCACUCAUGCUUUAAGACAAAUUCAAAAUAUUGAGCAGCAAAAAAUAGCCAUUGAUCAACAAUUGAAAGCUCCGCCGCCACCUCCACCACAAUUGAAUCAGCAAAAUAUGUCUAUGCCACCUAGUCAUUCCGGCCCUCCUGCUCCAAUAGGCACAGAUGUAAAUUUCAGUCAACCACCGCCUGGAUGGGGCGUACCUCCUGGAAGCGAACCACCGCCAUUUUCGAAUGUUCCCUUGCCAGAUUUUUCGAAACCUCCACCUGGAUUUGGUCCACCGCCCGUUAUACACGAGCCUUCCGUUGAAGAUUUAAUGCCCAGUAUGCCUUAUUAUGAACUUCCUGCUGGUUUGAUGGUGCCUCUAAUCAAAUUAGAAGAUGCUGAAUAUAAACCUUUGGACCCGGAAGCUAUUAGACUUCCACCACCUGCUCCUCCAAGCGAGCGAUUAGUAGCAGCUGUAGAAGCAUUUUAUGCUCCUCCUAAUCAUGAUUCUCCGCGGGAUAGCGAUGGAUGGGAAAAGUUAGGUUUAUACGAGUAUUAUAAGGCAAAGAACGCUGCGCGUAAGCGUAAAGAAGAGGACAUAGCAGCCGGUCUUAGGCAAAAAUCAAAGUCGCCUUCGCCAAUUCUCAGGCCAAGAUCCAAAAGUCCUAGUCCACCAAAGAAACGAUAUCGAAGUAAAUCACGAAGUAGGUCGCGUUCGAGAUCGAGGGGUCGAAGCAGAUCCAGAUCGCCUGCAGCCAAUCAUAGACGCAACAGUCGCAAUAGUAAUUAUAAUAACAGAAGCAGGAGAAGGAGAAAUAGCAACAAGGAUCGAAGUCCUGACAGGAGAAUGGACAGGCAAGAUCGAAGUCCGACACCACCUAGUUUUCUCGGAUCAACUUAUAGUAAAGCUCCACAAGAAAUUAGUCUGGAUGAGAGCAACAAGGGUCAUCAGUUGCUCAAAAAAAUGGGCUGGAGUGGUGCGGGACUCGGUGCCAAUGAACAGGGUAUCGAAGCACCUAUAUCGGGGGGUGAAAUUAGAGAUAAAAAUGAUCAAUAUAAAGGCGUUGGUAUUAAUUUAAAUGACCCUUACGAGAACUUUAGGAAAAGUAAGGGUCAAGCAUUUAUUACUAGAAUGAAAGCAAGAGCGGAAGAGCGUGCCGAAGAGAGGGGCGAACGGGACUAAAUAUAAUCAAGUAAACUAAUUAAUUUGUCUAUAUCUCUUUCGACGAAAUAUAAUUAUUGCGUGCAGCAUUAUCCAAUGAU